CGUUAAGGAAUAACGAUCAAACGUCAUUCUCGUACCGCCAACGCCAAACUAACCUUGUCAUCGUUUUCCAUAAUUUAUAAAUUAUCUCUCUGGGUGGUUUUUGAAUACAACUGCAACGUAGUGCCUAACGUGAUAUGAGCGACAGAGAAGGAAGUCGAUCGCCAAAAGCAAUGGCCGAACGUGAAGAGUCUCCCAGAAAUCAUAAGGAAAAAAGCUACUCUCGAAGUCCUAGUCGUAGUCGCAAAAUUUACCGCGUCGGUGACAAAGAUAGACGUAGAGAUGAUCGCGAAGAUAGAGAUAGAAGACACAAAUCAAGAAGUCGUUCUCGCUCGAAUAGACGUUAUAAGUCAUCAAAAUAUUCACGAAGUCGCUCACGCUCAGGAGGUUAUGGGCGUAGAUCUUACUCACACAGCCCUAUGUCGAGUAGAAAACGUCAUACUGGCACUAGAGACAAUCCUAAACAAUCGAGAUGUUUGGGAGUAUUCGGAUUGAGUGUCUAUACUACUGAGGACGAAUUAUAUCAUCUUAUGUCAAAGUAUGGUCCCGUAGAAAGGGUGCAAGUAGUAAUUGAUGCUAAAACCGGACGUUCAAGGGGAUUCUCAUUUGUGUAUUUUGAAAACAGUGAUGAUGCAAAAGUAGCAAAGGAGCAGUGCACUGGCAUGAAACUUAAUGGAAAAAGCAUCAGAGUUGAUUAUUCAAUUACUGAAAGGGCUCAUACGCCUACUCCUGGAAUUUACAUGGGAAAACCAACAUAUAAAUAUUCCGACCGGUACGACAGGCGCAGAAGUGACAGAGAUGAUUAUUAUAGAGGAUCUCGAUACAGUCACCGACGAUCACCGUCUCCAUAUUAUAGCAGCCGAAGAAAACGUUAUUCAAGAUCAAGAAGUUAUUCCCCACGUCGUUAUUGAUUACCUUCUUUCUUUGAAUGCACUGUGUCUGAUUUAAAAUUUAGUUUCCUAGUGUUAAUUUUCUGAGUUUAUUAAUAUAAACUCUAGUUUUAUACAUUUAAGGCAUGAAUAGCGGACUUGGUUGGAGAUUCCACCAAACAAACUGAUCACCUUAUAGAUGAUAAUAUAUUAAUGCAUCUAAAAUGAUAAUAUAUAUUUAUAGAGCUAAAACGAAUUUAAAAUGCGUCUGGAAGUUCUAACAAUUUCCUAAAUUUGAAAUAUCUAUGUAAAAUACAUAAUUAUGAUGUUCUGAAUAUUACUUAUCUUGAUGAAAUAGUGCCAAAACGUUUAUUACUAAAAAGUUUUCAUUUCAUAUUUUGGAUAAAAAGUAAUUGAUGAAUGCAUGGGGAAAAGAUAAGUCUCCAAACAAUUCAGUUCUGAAAAUAGUUUAUUUAGAAAAACUAUUGUAUAACAUACAAAAAUACGUUUUUAAAAUAUAAUUAUUUAUUUCUACUAAAAUAGUUUUUUACAAUAAAUUAUCAAUUUAUAAUACAGAAGUACAAACUUUUAAGUGGUGUAUUCUUUGGAUUUGGGUAUAGCUAUUGGCCAAUGAUAAGUCAGAAUUGAAAACAGAAAACUUUUAAGUAACGAAAGUCUCAUUUUUGUUUUAUGACACUAGUAGUCUCUACUAUUAUAGAAUAUGUGUAUCAUAAGGGGGUGAUUUUCAGUUUCAGUUAAUUCACUGACUGGUCUUGUAGGUUAUCUACUAGCAAUUUUCUCGUCUUGGAAAGGAUUUGUUUUUUUUAAGUGAUUCAAAAUUCCAAUCAAUUUCCAAGGAUAACGAGGUUAUUAACCUGGUGAGAUUUUUCUUCAAAGUUUAUAGUGGAUAGUAUUCUAUACCUGAUAUAUUAUCUUUUAUUUUGGUACAAAAUGGGCGGCGAUCUUUUCCCCCUCUGUACAUUUCUCAAACAACUUUUUCUAUGAUACUUCACACUUAAGUAAUGUUUUGGAUGAUCUUUUCCUAUUAAUUGACUUAUUAUUUAACCAUUUACGUAUGAAAGUUUUUUUUUCAGAUUAUAUUAUUUAUCAAAUUGAAAAUACUAUGUAUUAGCUGUCCAAAACGUUAAACAAAUACAAGUUUGUGUUACCUUUCUUCUGAUGGCACAAUCCAUUUUCUGAAUUGAAUUUUGUCGAAACGAAUAUCCCGUUAUUUUGUAUAAAUUAUGUGUCUAGCUAGGCUACUUUAAUUUUUGUUUGAUGAUAACAUUAUGAAAUGCAGAAAGAAAUAUAUUUAAUUAUUUGAAGUUAAUUAAAGUUUAAAAUUAAUUUAUAUGUUGGAAAACGAAGCAUCAUUGCUUGCAUUAAAUCAAUAAUUCGAUCAUUUUCUAGAUUUUUUCUAAAAUGAAAUAUUGGAUAAGUUAAGGGUCUCCUCAGCCAGUCCGCUAAUUGAAUGCAUUUUUCUUUGUAAAAUACUAAUUUAGACAGACAGAAUUGAUCCCAUAUAAUAUGUUAAGAAUUUUUUAAGAUGUGACUUUCAAGUAGUAUCCAAUAAAUUAUCGAAAAGUAUUUCAAAUUCUUAAUCUUUUAUAGCACAACUUGAAAUUACGUGGAAUCAAUAUUUAUUAAAACUUGAAAAUAGAGAAUUGGACGUUAAAGAGGCUACGAUCUAUUUUUACUUGAAACUUAUGUGCUUAUUUUAUAAUAGAAGAGUGAUUCCAUGGUAGCACACAGCAGACCAGAAAAUAUUGAAACAAUCACUAUGUAGAGCACUGUUUCAACACAUCCUUAAGUCUAAAUUUUUUAAUCCCGCAUGAAUGCCACUUUGGAACAACAUCUAAUCUAAUCGCUGUUUUCAAGCUGGAAUUGAUUUUUGCCUUAAAGUUCAGCCUGAAUUCUGGAGCUUACAGGCACGAUAUUCUCUUAAUUAUUUAAUUUUAAUUAAUUUCCAACAUGUGAAUUUUGCCUCACCCAUUCACUGUUGUUUCAAUAAAUAGAGCUGUUUCAUAGUAAUAUUGAAAUAUAUUAACAAAUAAUAAAACUUUGGGAGAUGAUUGAUUUUUAUUAAAAUUUACUUGUAUCAUUACCAUAUGUAGGGAAGUUUCAAUCUAGAUAAUAAUAUUACUUCAGGAGUGAUUCUUGACAGGUUUUGGAUAUAUUAUGUAUGUGAAGUUUUCUCAGGUUAUUAGGUGAUUCAGAUAAUGAGAACUGAACGGGACAAGGCACCAUUUAACUAUAAUCUAAUAAAAAAGUACUACUUUGUAUGAAUAAUACCUAAAGAUGGCAGAAAUUUGUUGAAGUAUCUGAAUAACAAUUAAUUACUACUAAAUUGUUUUAACUAAUUAUUGUAUUACUACAGAAAAUAACCUUUUAAAUAUGUGUAGUUAGAGUUAACAAACCAUAUAUUUAAAAUUACUUUUUCUUCUGCUUAGAACGAAACAAAUUUUAGCAAUUACAUUUUGAUACUUAUGUAUUAAGUGAGGUCAAUGAUAAAUAAUAUAAAUAAUAUUUUGAAAGAACUUUUUAUUGAAAUAUAAAUAUUAUGUGACUUAUUUUGUUUUUAUAUUUUGCAGAAACGAUGUCAUCUUUAUUAUCUGCAGAAAUAUCAGCCACAUGCAAUGCAUUGGGCUACUUCGAUGAAAAAACAAAUAAGUAUUAUGCAGACUCCAAUACACUUGAAACUGUCAAAGAUAUAAUUCGUUAUUUAAGACGUGAUGACGAAAUGCAUUCCAUUCGAAGGCAACUCGGCGAUACGAAAGUGUUAAUAACGGAUCUUUUGCCGUUAUUGAAACAUUAUCACGAAGAGAAUGAUUUAUUCGAUGUUUUGCUUCGUCUUAUUAUGAAUUUAACUACUCCCCCACUAUUGUUAUUCAAUUUUGAAAUACCUACAGAUAAAGUUGUUAGGAACUAUUACUUAGAAAUGGAAGACCAUUUGAAGUUUUACAAAGAAGCGUUUGUUGAUGAAGCAAUAUGGGCUGUUUUUAGUACACAUUUGAGUAAAGUACUCGAAGUAGAUAAUUCAGAACGAGCUGAAGAAAACAGUGUGAAAAUAGAAAGAAUUUUGGUUUUAAUGAGAAAUGUUCUAUUCGUUUCUGAUGAUUCCAUAGAUAAAAGGCCUGACAACGACGCCAGUCUACAUGAUCAAGUUUUGUGGGCGCUUCAUCACUCUGGACUAUUGGAUAUUAUCUUAUAUAUAACCACAAACCCUGCAGAACAGGGAUAUUUUGUCUAUAUAUUAGAAAUUUUGUUUUUCAUGUUAAGAAAUCAACAACCCAACGAGCUUGCAAAUGCUGCUUUACAAAGGAGUCAAAGGGAAAAAAUCAGAGAUGAAGCAGAACUAGUAAAUAUAAGACACUCCGAAUUGAACAUUAAACACAAGAAAACAAAGAUUUACACUGGUACAAGACAUUCCAGAUUUGGUGGAACCUUUGUUGUACAAUCCAUGAAAAGUAUCAACGAUAAUAAUUUGUUGAUUUCUCAUAAACCCCUCAAUAAAUUAGAUUCUAUAAAUUUUGAUGCCGAUAAAAAGUUGCAAAAGACUGCUAGAAAUCGAACCCCACUACUAAGUAACCAAGUAGACCGUAGGUCCGCAUUCACCAUUCGAUUAUUUUUGAAAGAAUUUUGUAUUGAAUUUUUAAAUGGAGCAUAUAAUAACGUAAUGCAGUAUAUCAAAGGUUUAAUAGCUAGACAUUCUGGAGACAAUCAAGAUGAGUCUUAUUAUUUAUGGGCCCUUGGUUUUUUUAUGGCUUUUAAUAGACAUUAUAAGUUUGAAGUAAAAUUAAUCAGUGAAACUUUAUCAGUGCAAACUUUUCAUUUCGUUCAACAACAGUGUGAAAAUUAUUUGGAUUUAAUGAAAACCGAUAAAAAAAAGGUUUUAAUCUGGUCAAAACGGCUACACACAGCGUUAUUAAGCUAUAAAGAAUUGUUGCUGACUCUUUUUGUAAUGGAUAAAUCAAAGGAUGAAGUUGUAACUCAGUCUUCCAAAGUAAUAAAAAGCAACAUUUUUUACUUACCAGAAUACAGAGAAUUCAUAAUAACACUGUUAAUAAUGUAUGAUGAAUUACAAAUGACUGAUCUGUACUUGAAAGAUUUAAUGGAAACCCAACAUUUAUUUUUAAAAAUGUUUGAGGUGUAUUGCAAAACUGAAGGUACAAUUAUUGUGAAGAAAAAAUCUAAGUCGAAAAUGAAAAAUAAGACUGGAUAUAAAGUUAGAGUAAUAGAUUUGAACCUGGACGAUAUGUGGGAUGAAGCGAGUCCUCAAAUAUCCGCAAUUUUAGAAUCUGGGGGGGAAUUUUUAACGGAUGUUCCAUUUGAUGCAGCUUCCGAUGUACCACUGGAUCAACAGAAGAUCAUUGCCAUGGAAAAAAUUCAACACAAGCUAAGACAUUCAGAAUAUGAAAGUGCUAUAGGAAUAAUGAGGGCUGCUAGAGAAGUGUGGCCUGAAAAUAAUUCAUUUGGGAAUGAUAAUUUGUCUUCUGAAGAAGAAUUUCUUUGUAUAAGAGAAAUUUUUUAUGCAGAUUUAGGAAAAAAUAAAGUGGAAAAUACAGAACCGAUCGAAGAAGAUGAGUAUGACGAAUACGAUGAUGAAGAAGUAGAUCAAGAUUUCAGACAACAAGAAAUCAGUUUGGAUUUUAAAGAUUUUGUUAAGAGGUUGGUACAUCCAAAAAUUGUUAGAGUUUGUGCUCUGGCAUUAAAAAAUUUUGAUACAAACUCUAUAAAUACAAAUCAUUCUGUUUUGAAAUUAAUGCAUAGAAUUGCUUUUGACUGCAAAUAUUAUGUAAUGAUGUUCCAACUCAGUUUAUUUAGAACUUUUCAAAGGAUGUUCACUGUUAAAGACUUGCCGCAAUAUAACGAGCUUAUCAAAUUUGCUAGAUAUGUAUUGAGAAACUUUUUCAAAUUCGCACAAACCAAUCCAAAAGCUUUCAUAGAAAUUUUAUUUUGGACAUCCAGAAAAGAAGCAUUUGAAAUUGAACAUGGAGAUAUACCCAUCGAUAAAGUUACUGCCAAGAAAUGGUCGGAAGAAGAGGAAAAUGAAUUGCGUACAUUGUUUGAAGAGCACAAUAGUAAACAAAUUAAGGAAGAUGUCGUUGAUUGGAUAUUAAGUAAUCUUGUGAAACAAACUAGAACAAGACGAAUGGUAUUGGGAAAACUAAGAGAACUUGACUUAAUAGAUGAUUAUAAAAAAGGUAGAAUAUCGCGAUCCACCAAUUCUCAGUACUGGUCCGCAGAUGAGGAAAUUCGAUUAAGAGAAUUGUAUUCAGAAUUUAAAAAUUCUCCAGACUUACUUAAUAGCAUAAUGAAUGGAUUGAUCACUCCCAAACCAAAAAACAAGGUUAUUGAAAAAAUGUUAUCAUUACAUUUAAUACAAGAUAAAAAUGAACUAGCGAAAAAUAAACCAUUGAGAAAGAAAGGAAAAAAGAACACUGACUUUGAAUCUGAUACAAAUAGUUUGUCUAUUCCCACUAAACAUAGAAAUACUCCAAAUCAGAAAAAUUUGACAAUUUCUAUUGCUACUAAAAAUGAUAUAAUAGAGAUACUUCUGGAAAAUAUAAAUGCAGGCAAUAAGGAACCAGUUGAUUGGUUAAAUGAAAGUAUUUUUGAUGUUAUAGAAGAUUUUGAGGAAAAUCAUGGAGGAAUUCCAUUAGUACCGCUUUCAAAUAUGGUUGAGAAUGCUAUGGAAAAUGAUACUUUUCAAAAGCUGUUAUCAUCACUAGGGUUCGCAAAACCAGUCGAUGAACAAGAAACUUAUUGGCGAAUACCUGGUUAUAUCACUCUGGAUACUUUGAAAAUGUUUCAUGAUUUAAUAACAAAGGCAUUAGAAAAUAAUUUAACUUGUGAUGCAGGAACUAAAAUUGACAUAGACGUUUCUAAUACAGGUUUAAGUUUAAGUGAGAAUCAAACUGAGGUAUUGAACCACGACAGUGAUGAAGGCGAUCAAUUAAACGAGCAAACUACAAAAAGAAGUAGGUCAUCAUCUGCGGAGAUUGAUAGCCCUCCGAACAAACGACGUAAAAGUAAAAACGAGAACUGAAGAGAUAUGCAUGAAAGAUGUAGUAUUUCUUGUAUGAAUGUUAAUAGUAAAUUUAUUUUAAUUUUA